AGUAUUACCCAGGAGCAACCUCGUGUUGUAUUGUGGGAAGUGUGCCCCUAACAAUCAUGGCAGACGCCUUUGGAGACGGUUUGUUCAGCGUGUUUGACGAGGAACAACAAACGACCACAAGCAAAAAGAUACCAGCUUCGUUGGCAUCGGACAUAGGAAAAGUUGAAGGAAAAAAUGGCACUGACAAGGAUGCUGGUCCGUCUGCCGGGGUCAAGAGGGAGGCAGACAGUGACGGCGGAGAGGAGGUGGUGUUUGGGAAGAAAGCUCGACAUGAGACAGUCUCUUCUAAUGACCUAAAUCUUGCAGAGUUUAUGCCCCAAGUGAAGGUGGAGCAAGUUGACACCGUGGAAGGAUGCUCGCAUGAGGUUGCGCUGCCUGCCAGUGAUGACUAUAAACCACUGAGAGCACGAGUGGGGAAAGCAGCCAAGGAGUACCCUUUUGUUCUUGAUCCAUUUCAGCGUGAGGCCAUCUUAUGUAUUGAUAACAAUGAGUCUGUGCUUGUGUCUGCACACACCUCUGCAGGCAAGACUGUCUGUGCUGAAUAUGCCAUUGCACUGGCCCUCAGAGAGAAGCAGAGAGUGAUCUUCACCAGCCCCAUCAAGGCCCUCUCCAACCAGAAGUACAGAGAGAUGUACGAGGAGUUCCAGGAUGUGGGACUGAUGACUGGCGAUGUCACCAUCAACCCCACUGCCUCCUGCCUUGUCAUGACCACAGAGAUCCUGAGAAGCAUGCUGUACCGAGGCUCUGAGAUCAUGAGAGAAGUGGCGUGGGUCGUCUUUGAUGAGAUCCAUUACAUGAGAGAUGCAGAGCGUGGUGUGGUGUGGGAGGAGACCAUCAUUCUUCUUCCUGACAAUGUGCAUUACGUCUUCCUGUCAGCCACCAUCCCCAAUGCCAGGCAGUUUGCUGAGUGGAUUUGCCACCUACAUAAGCAGCCAUGCCAUGUAGUCUACACAGAUUACCGCCCAACUCCACUGCAACACUACAUCUUCCCAGCAGGGGGCGAUGGACUCCACUUGGUUGUUGAUGAGAAUGGAGACUUCAGAGAGGACAAUUUCAACACAGCUAUGCAGGUGUUGAGAGACGCAGGGGAUUCUGGGGGCAGCGGAGGGGGCAAGUGGGACCCAAGAGGACGGAAAGGAGGCACUAAAGGUCCGUCCAGUGUGUUCAAGAUAGUGAAGAUGAUCAUGGAGAGAAACUUCCAGCCUGUCAUUAUUUUCAGCUUCAGCAAGAAGGAUUGUGAGGCCUAUGCUUUGCAGGUAGCCAAACUGGACUUUAACACAGAUGAUGAGAAACGUCUGGUGGAGGAAGUGUUCAACAACGCAGUGGACUGUCUUUCAGACGAAGACAAGAAACUCCCUCAGGUGGAGCAUGUGCUGCCACUGUUGAAGAGGGGGAUAGGAAUCCACCAUGGAGGCCUACUGCCCAUCCUGAAAGAGACCAUAGAGAUCCUUUUCUCUGAAGGGCUACUCAAGGCCCUGUUUGCUACAGAGACAUUCGCCAUGGGCAUCAACAUGCCAGCUCGCACUGUGCUCUUCACCAGCGCACGGAAGUUUGAUGGCAAGAAUCACCGCUUUAUUACAUCAGGUGAAUACAUCCAGAUGUCUGGGCGAGCUGGGAGGAGAGGAAUGGACGAGAGGGGAAUUGUUAUUUUCAUGGUGGACGAGAAGAUGAGUCCAGCUGUGGGCAAACAGCUGCUCAAGGGCUCUGCAGACCCUUUGAACAGUGCCUUCCACCUGACCUACAACAUGGUGCUUAACCUGCUGCGUGUGGAGGAGAUCAACCCAGAGUACAUGCUGGAGAAGUCUUUCUACCAGUUCCAACACUACAGGGCUUUGCCCGGUGUUGUGGAAAAAAUUAAGAAGUAUGAGGAGCAGUACCACGCCAUUGAGAUUCCCAACGAAGAGGGUGUGGUAACUUACUUUAAAAUCAGGCAGCAGCUGGCCAAACUGGGUAAAGAGAUACAGGAGUUCACCCACAAACCCAAAUACUGCUUGCCCUUUUUACAGCCCGGGCGACUUGUCAAGGUAAAAAAUGACGACACUGACUUUGGCUGGGGAGUUGUUGUAAACUUCUGCAAGAAGUCUAAUGUGAAGGCCAGCACAGACUCAGAGCCGCUGUACGUGGUGGAGGUUUUGGUCCACUGUAGUAAAGACAGUGUAAAAGAUGCUGCGACUGAGGCUGCUAAACCUGCUGCUCCAGGGGAGACUGGAGAGAUGCAGGUGGUCCCAGUGAUGCUCCAUCUCCUGACAUCUAUCAGCUCAGUUCGCCUUUACAUCCCCAAAGACCUGAGGCCCUUUGACAACAGACAGCUCAUGCUGAAGUCUAUACAGGAGGUACAGAAACGUUUCCCAGAUGGCGUUCCUCUGCUCGACCCCAUAGAUGACAUGGGCAUCAAAGACCCUGCACUGAAGAAAGUUAUUCAGAAAGUGGAGGCCUUCGAGCACCGCAUGUACUCCCACCCCCUGCACAGUGACCCCAAUUUGGAAUCUGUCUAUUCUCUGUGUGAGAAGAAAGCUCUGAUCGCAGCAGACGUUCGAACCGCCAAGCGAGAGCUGAAGAAGGCUCGGACCGUCCUGCAGAUGGACAAGCUGAAGUGCAGGAAGAGAGUUCUGCGACGCCUCGGCUUCGCCAGCCCCUCUGAUGUCAUCGAGAUGAAAGGGCGGGUUGCCUGUGAAAUUAGCAGUGGCGAUGAGCUCCUUCUGACGGAGAUGAUCUUCAACGGCCUCUUCAACGAUCUGACGGUUGAACAAGCCACCGCCCUGCUGUCCUGCUUCGUCUUCCAGGAGAAUGCCAACGAGAUGCCAAAACUGACUGAACAGCUUGCAGCUCCGUUGAGACAAAUGCAGGAGUGUGCGAAGCGCAUAGCCAAGGUUUCUGCAGACGCCAAGCUGGAGGUGGACGAGGAGACGUAUUUAAACCAGUUUAAGCCCCACCUGAUGGAUGUAGUGUACGCCUGGGCUAACGGCGCCACAUUUGCUCAAAUCUGCAAGAUGACUGAUGUCUUUGAAGGGAGCAUCAUCCGCUGCAUGCGCCGUCUGGAAGAGGUACUGAGACAGAUGUGUUCUGCAGCCAAGGCCAUAGGCAACACGGAGUUGGAGAACAAGUUUGCUGAAGGAAUAACGAAGAUCAAGAGAGACAUUGUAUUUGCUGCCAGUCUCUACCUAUAAUGAGCUACUACUGGAGGAUAAAUGCUGUUUUUCAGCUUCACUUUAGGAUUAAGCCCCGAUCAUCUUGACUUUUUUUUUGUCACACUGGGAUCAAAUAUUGUGCUAUUUAAUCCCAACGUGUUAGUUAAUUUGUCUUUCAGAUCACUUCUGAUUCUUUUCAUCAUGACUACUUACCUGAACGUUGUAACGUCCUGUCGAGUCACGUUAUUAACGGUGAGAAUGUCUAACAACGUAAACAUUGUUUCAUUUGGGUGAAUACAUCGACGUGGCCAGAAUACAUUGAACAUUUAUGCUUUUAUUAUGUUUGCUUACAUGAGAAAGUGGUGCAUAAAAUGACAUUUUAUAUAUUUGAGAAAGUAAACAACACAAUUCAUGCUUUAAUUCUACGUGACAGCUCAUGACAUAAUAUAACACUUAUGUUUCAUUUGUGGUCAUGUUAAUAAGUAAAAUGGCUUUAUUUGUCCUUUAUUCCUUCUUAUUUUAGACAUUUGUACAUAUUUGUAACAUUUUUUUCAAUAAACAUCUGUAUGGAGAUUUGUUUUUACAUACAGAGGAUACAAAAGCA